AUGGCCAUGUUGCAGCGGAGGAAGGCUCGCGAAGUCGACAGCGCUGUCAUGCGUGCCUGUUCACGCACGCUCGAUGCAACGCGGCGCCGCUGCACGAGGCCAUGCGAUGCAGCAUGGUGUCGCCACUACGCUCGCCGUGCACUGACGUGGCGGGCGGGCCAGCGUCCGCGGCGAUCUUGGCAGCGUCCAAGUUGCGUGUCAUUAGCCUACCGAAUCGGCGCUUCUGAUUGGUCGAUUUUGUCGAGUCCACAGGAAUGCCAAUCGUUCGUUUCCCUUCACUCGAGCAGCAGCAUGCUUCCGCGCCGCGCCGCCUCGCCGCUCCUCCGCCGAUGCUUCUCGACGCAGCAGAAGGCGACGACGCACUUUGGCUUCCAGCAGGUCGACGAGCAGGACAAGAAGCCGAUGGUCGCCGGCGUCUUCCACAGCGUCGCCGACAGCUACGAUAUGAUGAACGACGCCAUGAGCGGUGGCAUGCACCGCCUCUGGAAAGACGAGUUUGUCAACAUGCUCGGCCCGCUCCCGCACAAGACGGGCGAGCCGCUGCGCAUCCUCGACGUGGCCGGUGGCACCGGCGACAUUGCGUUCCGCAUGGCCGAGCGCUUGACCAAGGGCGGUUUGCCGUCGAGCGCGACGCCCGAAGAGCUGGCGUCGGGCCGCACCGACAUUGUGGUCUGCGACAUCAACCCGUCCAUGCUCCGCGUCGGCGAAGAGCGCGCGACGGCGCGUGGCAUUGGCCUUCCGGGCGCGCGCCCGUCCUUUUCGUGGGUCCAAGGUGACGCUGAGCAGCUCCAGUUCGAGUCCGACUCGUUUGACGUCUACACGAUCGCGUUCGGCAUCCGCAACGUCACGCACGUCGACAAAGCCCUCGCGGAAGCCCACCGCGUGCUUCGCAAGGGCGGUCGCUUCAUGUGUCUUGAGUUUAGCCAAGUGCGCAACCCGCUCCUGCGUGCGUUCUACGACCAAUACUCGUUCAACAUGAUCCCGGCCAUGGGCGAGCUCCUUGCGAAGGACCGUGCGUCGUACCAGUAUUUGGUCGAAUCGAUUCGCCAGUUUCCUGUCCAGGACGACUUCAAGACGAUGAUUGAGACUGCCGGCUUCUCCAAGGUGUCGUACACCAACUUUAUGGACGGUGUUGUCGCCGUCCACUCGGGCUUCAAGCUCUAA